AUGACGAGCAGCGCCGACCUCAAAGAGCGGGCUGCCGCCAUCUCGGCGGGCGUGAAGCUGCUGCCAAUGCUGCUCACCCACCCGCCUUACAUUCCUGCAAGCAUGAAGUCCGACGAGCUGAAUCAGCGACACCGCUUGCUAGACAUGCAGCCAGAAGAGGAUGGCUACCUUUUCAGCGACGUGUUUGGUCAUGCUCCUGGCACAGCUACGCGUGUCACUAGUCGCAUCCAAGCUCUUCAGCAGCAGCUCGAAGCGCUGCUCGGCAUACAACCGAGCGCUGCCAGUGCUGUCAAGAAAGUAGUCGGCGAAGUGACCUUCAGCGCUCCAGAGCAGACUUUUGCGCUUGCUUGUGUAAGCCUAGGCAACACCAACAGUAAGAAGCCUCUCCUCGAUCUGGUUUUGCGCAGAGCCAUGGGCGUCUCGGAGGACGAUGCGGCGGGAGUUUGGAAGUUCGACAAUCUCGUUCCCGCCGGCACACUGCCUGGUGCGUGGGUCAACAGUCUGCAACAAGCCUACGAAACGCACCGACAAGAGCAAGUCCGUGCGAGUAUUGCCCGCCAAGCUGGUCGCGAUCGCAACGUUUCCAUGGACAGCGCAAACAUACCUAAUUUCGAUCGCUCAUACAGCGACAGAAGCCUUGGCACCACGCGCACCUACAACUCUUUUGCCACUGCAGCUUCGAGUUUCGAAGAAGAACAUAUCGCAAAACCUCAAGCGGAUGCUUCGGCCAAAGCCUCUCCUGGUGCUGAGUACAUUACUGACCCGGACGAAUUCUGGGGCGGUGUGGAUGAUGAUGAGGAGGGGGACUCAGCCCAAGACCAAGCUCAGAAGCCUGCAACUGAAGCCCCCGAGGCAGAGCAGAAGGCUGAGGAUGAUUACUGGGCCCGUUAUGAUCUGCAGCAACCUGCGGCGGAAGGGCAUAGAAGCUCUGUCAAUGGCGAGCAGCACGGUGGCGAUGUUGACGGCGUAGGCUCAACGCAAGGCUUGUCAUCUGCCCACUCAGCGAAUCACUUCAGCGACUUUUUUAGCGUAGGCUCUGCCAUUGCCGGUGCCGAACACCGAGAACUGAGUCUGCACGCUACUGGCAUGACCUCGCCGGUCCAAGUCCACAAUGAGCCCACACUAGCAUCCGGCGGUCUUACAGUACAAGCCCUUGAUCGUCACGAUGCAAAGCCACAACAACCAGAAUGGUGGGAAAUUCCAAAUGGAAUCACGGAGCGCGAGCCUGCUCGACCCAAGCUGGGCCGCUUGUCAUCAAUCCGCUCUGACGCCACGGACUACGGCACUGACACAUUGCAGGAUCAUCGGUCUCAAAGUACGCAUGCCGAUGGCAUCUUCACGUUACCGAGCACAAGUGAUAUAUUGCCUCAUGAAGAUCCCGAUGUUGGCGUUGAGGGUGAUGAAGAGCGGGCAAUUGCGGACGUUGUGACCGGAGAGGUCUUCGCACUCGACCCUAUUCCCGAAGCAAUCGAUCAUCAGGCCACGGACGACCCGUAUGAGGAUGAAGAGCCAGCGAGUCCAAGAGAUUCAAGCAAGGACAACUUUGGAUUGGACACCAUUCCUGACGCGACCGCUGGUCAGGACUUUGACUCGGAUGAACCCGCCUCUUCGAAAGCUGCGGCUCCGGAUGUUGGUCAAGCAGAGCAGUCAAUCUUAGAGCCGGAUGGCAACGCCCUAGUCUCGCAAGGCGGUCCCAAAGUGAUAAUCGCCAAGCCAAGUCGUGAGCACCUCGUUGCUGAUAGCCUUGAAGCUCCCAAAGACGAGGAAUUAGAGGCAGCAGAGGCUGAGGACGAACUAGGAGCUGUCCUCUCACGGUCUCGAGCGGGUUCGCUGCUUCCUUCCUCCCCAACUGCGAGUCUGAGCAGUGUCAUGGCCCCGCGUCCUCCACGCAGCGUUGUCAGUGUCCAGUCAUACUUCGAUACUCCAGCAGACAUGGAGCUUGCCGACCUCGAAGCUUUCUACAGAGCCCGCGAUCAAAAGCGUCAAGAAGAGAAGCGCGAGCGAAUACGUCGGGGCGGACAGCUUCCAGGGAUUGACGAUGACGAGAAUCGUGGGUUCAAGUCGCCUAGUUCUCAUCAGAGCCCCGCGACACGCGAGCGAAGUCUCAGCAUCAAAGAUCUCGACCCCAUCACCGCUCUUGGAAUUGCACCCAAGUCGGCUCGUGAAAGCGAUCAGCCGCGCAAGGUGGUCCGCAACGCUUCCAUGGAUGCUCUCAGACGCCUUGCCGAGCAACAAGAAAGAGAAAGCAACAUGCAAUGGGGCGGUGUUGCCGGCUCGGAAAGAAGUGGUCAAUCCUCGGGCUCGAAGUCGGGACAAAAAGGCUUCGGUUUUGGCAGCUUCUUGCAAAUGGCGCCGAGCGAAGUCACCGACGUCAGCUCCGUCUCUUUCGCCAAAGAACCGCCGCUGCCAUCUCCGAUGUACCUGGCUGAGGUCAAUGACCCAUUUUUGUCACAAAAUGACAGCCAUCAUCAGGCUACUUCGACACUGGAGGCUACUGAUAAGGUACCUGAAUUAUCUCAGUCUAAUGAGGAGGCCAACGAAUCCGAUGAAAAUGCAACCGCCCUGCCCAGAGGCCGGCUUCAACAAGGCGAAGCUGACACAAUUUUGGAACAUCUUGAAGGCGUAGAGGCUCGCGAAGCGCCUGAGGAUGAGGCUGCAGAUGAACAGCACAAUCUGGACCUCACCUUGGACGACGAAGAAGCCACGGACAUUGGCCAUGCCAUCGCUUCUGAGAUGCAGCUCGACAGUCAGGAAGCUCAGCUCGUUAUGGAGGAGCUUGACCAACAAGAUCUGGAUCCGCAAAUCUCUCAGGUCGCCAUCGGAGAGGAGAAGUCCGAUGGGAAUGAUGCAAUGGACGACGAAAGCGCCAAUCAGAAAGAACUUUACCUGCCGCUGCCAGAGGCAAGAAGCUUCCUGCCCUCCGAAGCCUUCAAUCUCAAGGUGCGACACGCCAUCGAUUCACCCAAUGCAAGCGAGGGCGAUUCCCUGGUCCGUCAAGUGACAAAUAGUAUGCGUGGUCACGGCAAGGGUCGGGCACGAGUCUCGCCUGGUGACAGCUCGGUCAUUGCUGCCAGUGACAGCUUCAUGCCGGGCGCAGCUUCGGACGCUUCCGUGCGUCCACUCUUUGGCAGUCGUCAGGGAUCCUGGCCUUCGCAAACCGACUCGCCCGACUCUGUACCUGGUAAGCUCGCGGCACGCGCUCUUCGUCCUCCGCGCACACGCUUCAAUCUUGAAACGUUUCAAGAGACAGACUUUGACGAUGGAAAGUCGAUUUCCUCGACGCAGCAGCAGCUCGGUCUGGACAGUCCCAGCGAGGCCCCGGUGAAGCUAGGCUUGGGGGCCAGCUCGAAUCGGUCUGACCUCGAUGGCGCUAGCAUCGACCACUCGGUACAGUCCAAGCCUGUCAAAUUCCGUGCACUUGGUUCUGCUCCGCCUCCUAGUGCGACGUCUGCUCAUGCAGCCAACAUGCUCCACGACUACUUGAAGCAGCAGCGUCAACAAGCUCUACAAAGUAAGCGCGACCGUGUCGUUCAGAAACAACAGCAGCGCACAAAGUGAGUCGUUGAGCUUGUGGGCCCAAUGGAGCAAAUUUGCAAACUCACCCUCUUUGCACAUCCUGCAAUCAGUCAGGAGAAGCAAGUCAAAGACGCCGGCUACUUCAACAUAAACACGUACGACGAUCGGACGCUUGAGCGUGACGCUCAACAGCAGGUUUCGGGCUUUGCCGACGGAAACGAAGCAAGGGCGACAAACCCACGUGCGCUCACGAGCAGCACCUCCCCCACAUCUUCGACCCUUCGCGAAGUCGGCGAUGUGAUGACAAUCUCGAGGGACGCCGCUCGCAACAGCAAACCUGAUGCCCAGGCUGAGAGGUUUGAGGCAAGGGAAGAGCGCAAUGCGCCUCAGGAUGAGGAUGAGACGGGCGAACAAAGUGGCCUUGGACUGAGCAAGAACGCCGACCGAGCGGACGAGUCGCAAAGCGACGAUGAGUCCUUGCACGAAAAUUUCGAUAUCCAAGAAGAUGCCGAGAUUGACGCAGACCCCGAGGCUGAUCGACGCGUCUUUGGUCAAGAAUCUGAGCCCGUCUCUCUUGAGCUCCCCCUCGAGGAGGAUGAAGGGCCUGUGGCAGACAGCAGCGCAGAGGAUGAGGAAAGCGAUAGAGCAGCUGAAGAUGCAGAAGACUUCACGGUCAAUGCUGAGCAGCCAGAAGGCGUCGAGGACGAAGAUGAAGGCACGUUCGAGGAGGGCUUCGUUCGAUCCAUUGCUGGACACAUUCUUAACCAAGGAGAUGACAAACGGACCAGCUCAUGGAAACGUCUUUCGCAGUCUCACGACGUAGCCGCCGGCGCCGUUUUGCCCCCAUCCCCGCCUAGCGAGGACAAGAGCCCGGGCUUUUCACACGACAAUAUGCGGGAAACUUGGGUGCAACAUGGUCCCUCUGUGCUCAGCACUCCUGCCAUCAGGGCCGGCAAUCAAGCAGACGAAUCGAUGCUGCUGCAACCACUGCACCCGAAGCAGUCCGAAGAGUUCAGCAUUUCUCCUGCAGCUGCAACGAUCGCUGAGCCGCAAGAAGAACCCCGCAGGACCUCGGGUAUCGGAGCUCGUCAUCAGGGGCAGCUACCAAAUGGGGUGCAAGAGUCUGAGCCCAUGGAUUUGCAUCAGGCCCGUAGUCAGGGAGCACAAGCAGCUCGUCUACGUCGCCAGGCAGCCAUGUCCAUCAGGCGCCGCAACGACGCUGCAAAGGCCAUUCUGAGAGGUGUGUGGGAUCUGUUGGAAGAAGCAACAGCGCCUGCGGAAGGCGCUCAGGACAAUGACGCCGCAGGACGCUUGACGGAAGGAGAAUUUGUGCGACUUUGUCGUGAAGUGGCUCGCGAGCAGGUUGCGAGACGUGGUGAGGCCGACGAGGCGGCCCGGGAGCAGGCUUUGCGACCGCUUAUCAAGAUCGUCAAAGGAGACGCAAUCCCAAACGGUGGUGACAACGUUGCCGAGGAAGACUUUGAAGAGUAG